CCUCUCAUCUUCAUCGGCAAAUUAAGGCAAACUGGAGGAGAAUCAAAACUUCCUUCUUUCACCACCGUUCCCAUGGCCUUCUCUCGGCGGCGCCACCACCAUUAUAGCCGUAGACGGUGGCUAAUCCCGGCCAUCUCUGCUGCCUUUGGUUUUCUUCUCAUAUUUAUCUUUUUCCUCUCCAUUCUCGCUCCUUCUCCAAAUGGCAAUCGUCUUUUUCAUCUUCCCCGUCGCCGUUCCUCUGGAGACAAUGAUGCUGAUAAUGAGAUUGAAGAUUCUCAAUCUCAUGUUCCGAUCAAGGCCGGAUCAGGAGGAGUAUCCGAUCGGGAUAUCUGGAGUUCCAGAAAUUCCAAGUUCUUUUAUGGAUGCAGUAAUGCUAGCAACGAAUUCCUAAAAGCACAGGACAUCACUCAUCCAAAUCGUUACUUGUCGAUUGUAACAAGCGGAGGUCUUAACCAACAAAGAACCGGGAUAACUGAUGCUGUUGUUGCUGCUCGCAUUUUAAAUGCUACUCUUGUUGUUCCGAAGCUGGACAAGAGUUCUUACUGGAAAGACUCAAGCGGCUUCUCUGAUAUUUUCGAUGUUGAUUGGUUUAUAAAAUAUCUAGCAAAAGAUGUUUCAAUUGUAAAGGAACUACCACUCAGAAGAGGACAGAUCUGGUCACCUUAUCGAAUGCGAGUUCCUAGAAAGUGCACUGACCGUUGCUAUAUAAACCGUGUAUUGCCUGUACUUAACAAGAAACAUGCUGUACAGAUCACCAAGUUUGACUAUCGACUUGCAAAUAAGCUGGAUACAGAUUUGCAAAAGCUUAGAUGCAGAGUUAAUUAUCAUGCAUUGAAAUUUGCUGACCCUAUACUUCGAAUGGGUGAGAAAUUGGUCCAGCGAAUGAGGAUGAGGAGCAGCCAUUUUAUCGCUCUUCACCUAAGGUUUGAACCCGAUAUGCUUGCAUUCUCAGGAUGCUACUAUGGAGGGGGAGAUAAGGAGAGGAGAGAACUGGGGAAGAUACGGAAGAAGUGGAAAACUUUACAUGACAGUGACCCAGAUAAGGCAAGGAGGCAUGGAAGAUGCCCUCUAACUCCUGAAGAAGUCGGCUUGAUGCUGAGAUCACUUGGAUAUGGCGAAGAUGUUCAUAUAUAUGUAGCAUCCGGUGAAAUAUACGGAGGAGAAGAGACAUUAACUCCAUUGAAAGCCCUCUUUCCAAACUUCCACACAAAGGACACCCUUGCCACCAAGGAUGAGUUAGAACCAUUUUCUGCGUUUUCGUCUAGAAUGGCCGCUCUUGACUUCAUAGUUUGUGAUGAAAGUGAUGUAUUUGUCACUAACAACCACGGAAACAUGGCGAAAAUUUUAGCAGGGAGAAGGUCUGCCGCUUCCCUUUCUGAUAUUUCAACUUUGUUGUGCAAUUGGUACUCUGGAAAGUCACGGGUUCAAGCCGUGGAAACAGCUUCUUACAGAAAUGCAGGGAGAUAUUUUGGUCAUAAGCCUACCAUUCGCCCGAAUGGUAGGAAACUAUAUCGCUUGUUUUUAAACAGAAAUUACAUGACAGAGAAGGAAUUUGUAUAUAGAGUUGGUAAAUAUCAGAGAGGUUUCAUGGGGGAGCCAAAGGAGGUUGGGCCAAGCUGGGGUGUGUUUCAUGAAAAUCCAUCUUCAUGCAUAUGCGAGAAAGUAGAUAAUGCUACAGUAGAGAUUUCGCAUAGUACCUCUCGACUUGAAACUUCGCCUAAGGUAACAAGUAAUGACUAUGACACUGACAUAUCGGAGAAUCCGGAGUUGGACAUGUUGCUUUCAGAUUGAGAAAGUAUCGACAAGAGCUUUUCAAGAGAGUACUUUUGCUUUACAUACACCAUUCUUUUGAGCCUUGAUCAGAUCUUCAACAAGUGCAAUUUUGAAACAUGCUUUGGCCGCAGUUUGGUUGGCUUCUGAAGCCUUGGCAUGACUAUAUUGCGGGCCUUGAAUUCAGAAUGAUUAGGAUUUGAAGAAGCUCCAACAGUCAUUUGUUUCAGCUACUGGAAUAUCGCUGAUUGUUAAAAACCAACUGCUGCUGAGGCAGAUCCAGACGGGUUCAACCUUUAGCUUCUUACCACGGAACUCAAUCUACUUUUGAAAUUAUGGUUUCAGAGUUUCAUAUUUGUUACGUUUUUGAUGAUUUUUCAUAUGUCUAUAUCUAUAAUACGUGUCGAAAUCCACUUGAAUUGGCAAAUGUUGUGAGUGGAUGAGCAUUGGAGUCCGACUAUAUCCGGAUUCGCACCGGGUAGGACCCCAUUCAGAGGUAAGCGCUCUCUACCAAGAAUUUUUUUCAUACCCAGAGCUCGAACCCGAGAACUCUGGUUAAGGGA